AUGGAGCAACCAGUGAUACAAAUACAACAAGGAAAAUUGUUAGGAACAGUGUCUAAAGACAUGGAUGGAAAUCCCUUUUACAGCUUUAGGGGGAUUCCUUAUGCACGACCACCUCUAGGAAAACUGAGAUUUAAAGCCCCGCUGCCCCCUGUACCAUGGAAAGGAAUUUUUAGCGCUACCCAAAACGGCGACUGCUGUUUCUCAGUGGAUGUUUUUGAAAAAGUAUUUGUCGGGUCUGAGGAUUGUUUGAAUUUAAACGUUUACACGCCACAUCUGCCAAGAUCUGGCACUAAUUUGUUGCCUGUCAUGGUAUGGAUUCAUGGAGGAGGCUUUGUAUGCGGUUCAAACAACUCAGAGAUAUAUGGUCCUGAGUUUCUUAUAACAGAAAAAGUUGUUAUCGUGUCAAUAAACUACAGACUAGGACUACUAGGGUUUUUAAGUUUGAAUGAUCCAUCAGCAGGAGUUCCUGGUAAUACCGGAUUUAAAGAUAUAGUAAUGGCAUUAAAAUGGGUUCGGCAGAACAUAGAACAAUUUAAUGGAGAUUCUAAAAACGUUACUAUAUUUGGGGCAAGCUCAGGCGGUGCGACGGUCCACUUGUUGACGUUGUCACCGAUGGCUCAAGGUUUGUUUCAUAAAGCAAUAGCCCAAAGCGGGUCUGCACUAAAUCCAUGGUCCAGAGCGAGAAAAGCAGAUGAAGAGGUGUACGCCGCUUUCGGAUGCGAAGGAAAAAGCGAUUUAGAGUUUUUGGAACAUCUACAGAGCUUAUCUGUAAAAGAAAUUCUUCAAAACCAAUAUAAACUUGAAUAUGUUAUAGAGCCCGACGCAAUACUUGUUUUCGGAUUAAUCAUAGAGCGACCAAUUGAAAAACAAGGGGAAGCACCAUUCAUGUGUGAGGAUCCGCUGAAUAUAAUUUUGUCAGGAAACUUUGAUCAAGUGCCUUUUAUUAUGGGUGCUACAAAUUUAGAAGGCUUGGUUAUUAAUACGUACCAAGCGAAAAGAUCAUCAAACACGAUAAAUGAUCCUGAAUCUAACUUGCCACACUUCCUUGGUUAUAAACGUGGUACCCCAGAAAGUCAGACUGUGGCACUAAAGAUUCAAGAGUUUUAUUUUGGAAACGAAAAACCUGGCGAAGACACUCAAGAUAAAAUCUAUGAGAUGGUAACCGAUAACAGCUUUUUCUAUGGAAUCUAUGCAGCAGCUAGGCUUCACAUUGCAACUUCACGUUCCCGUAUCUAUUUUUACAGAAUGUCCAUUAAAACCUCCCUCGAAUUUCUUCAAGCAAUAAUGGAAAAAGAUAGAGAAAAGGGAGCAGCUCAUUACGAUGACGUAGCUUACAUGUUUAAAACCAUAUUUACACCUCCACUGUCGCCCGAUUCUGUGGAAUAUAAAUUCAUAAAAAUAUUCGUGAAACUGUGGACGAAUUUUGCGUACUACGGAAAUCCAACGCACAAUGUUUCUUCAAUUGUUUGGAAAGAAGCCACAAAAGAACGAAUUGGAUCUACGGAAUUUAUUCCACAAGUAAGUUUCACCUUGUAUACCCAAACGGCUAAACGCGUGUCUUGUAUCGAUUAA